AUGCCUACAGACCACAGCACAGAAAGUGGGGAAGAAUGGAGAGGCUUCAUUCUCACAAUAACAGAGCUGUCAGUUCCCCUACAUGUGUCACUCCUUCCUGGGCAAGUAAUUAGACUGCAUGAAGCCUGGGAAAAGAAAAGGAGAAUUGAGACAGAGCGGACACUGAGUUCAUUUCCUGAAAAAGGGAAGGAACCAAUUGAAGAUUAUGUGGAUGUAUUGAACCCUAUGCCAGCCUUUGCCAUGGAUGAUGAUGAUGAUGAUGAUGAUGAUGAUGAUGAUAUGAUGGCUAUUAUUAACAAUCACUGUCCCCACUUAUGGGGUACAUUUGUGGGUGCUCUCCUGCCAAGAAUCAAGCACUACAAAGUGAUGAGUGUAGGAAAAAACUACACUAUUGAAUUGGAAAAACCUGUAACACUCCCAAAUCUUUUCAGCGUCAUUGAUUAUUUCGUGAAGGAGACUCGAGGAAAUUUACGACCAUUUAUAUAUUCAACUGAUGAAACCCUUGAGAUGAAAGGAUUUCCUGUAACAUCUCUAAAAUAA